AUGAAGGGGGAGAAAGAUGCGAAAGAUGAAGAGGUAGUAAUCCCAAGCCAUCUGCUGGGGCCUGGGAACAUGGAUCUUGAAGAGGGGCAAGUGGAAGAUAUGGACCUCGCGGAUGAUGACGUAGUGGUUGGAAAGGAUCAGCUACUGGAUGCUUCCAUUCAGCCCGAGAUCAGUGUUGCAGCUGUGCAGACUGUGAUUGGUUUUGAGGUCAAGCUGGACAAGGGCGAUGGGACUGAAAAUGCACCAAUUUAUGAGUCAAACAGCAUAUCUGUUGAAGAAAGUCGUAUCCUAUUGAAUGGAAUAUUAUGUAUUUCUGCUAAUAUACUUCUGCAACUGCAAGUGCCUAUGUUUUCUGAAGAUUUAUUUGUUUCCAUUGAAUCCUGGGAACUGGAAAGCAAAAGAAAGCUUAUGCAACUAAUGCAACAAUGGUCUGAGUGGCAGGCCAGAAGGCAGCACCAUUUGAAGAUCACUUUAGCAUUUGGACUGAGGGAUUAUAAAUGUUUUCAGAUUAUAUGA